GCGGGGCACCAGUGACCGCUGUGGCCGGAGCACAGCCAGAGGAGGAGGGAGCACAGCCAGAGGAGGAGGGCGCACAGCCGGAGGAGGUGGGAUCCCACAGUGCAGAGCAAUUAGCAUCUGCUGCUGCGCGAUCCACCUACCGCGCCGAUUCCCCCCCGCGAGCGUCCUUCUGUCCGCUGAACCAGCGGGAAGCACCUGGCUCUGGGCGCUGUAUCUGGGGCCACAGCAAACCGAUGGCAGCAACAGCGGCCCUGUCGGGCGUAGCAGUGCGGCUGUCGCGCUCAGCCACGACCCGCGGCUCGUAUGGCGCCUUCUGCAAGGGGCUCACGCGCACGCUGAUCACCUUCUUCGACCUGGCCUGGCGUCUACGCAUGAACUUCCCCUACUUCUACAUCGUGGCUUCGGUGAUUCUCAACGUCCGCCUGCAGGUACAUAUUUAGAGCAACUAACUUUGCGGCAGUGGGGAGGCCCAGCAGGAUGGCUGACCUCCACCCACUGGCUCACCCGCCCUAGAGCACAGUGACCGGCUUGCCUGGCGCACACACACUUGCCGACCUGUCCUGCUAUCGCCCCAUCUUUUCAUAUAAACGGACGGCUAGAAAUCAUUAUUUGCAGAAAGCCUGCAAUAUAGCCAGGAAACUCUAAAAUAAACGAGAAGUUGAAUCUCAAGGAAGGAACAGAACUAAAAAAUCUGAAAAUCCUCAGAAAUAUUUAAGAAGUUCUUCCGUACAUAAAGGGCUUCCCUCGUGGCUUAGCUGGUAAAGAAUCAAAUGAGCACGCACACUGGGAAAUGACAAUGAGCACAGGAUGCCCUAAAGGAGAAAAAAGAGGAAAAGUUACCAACGACUUAAAUGAACUGCACAAGAAUGGUCCAAAUAGGAAGCAAAUUUUCCAAAUUUGAAAAAGAAGUGAAAGGACUUCCAACUGGAUGAAAUCAAUUCUAGGCAAUAGAUGGAUGGAGUUAGAAGCUGGAGGAAACUGAUCACAUGAUCUGGAAGGCAUACUUUUCUUCAUUCCCCAAAGGAAAAAAAAAAAAAAAAAACAGAACCUUCAGGGAAAAACAAACAUUUCAAACUGUACAAGGAGAACAUGCUUCAAAUAUGAAGCAACCUCAGUUUUCAGCCGUUGCGGGGAGUGUGAGAAAGGGAUUCGGAACACUGGCAUACGUGGAUCAAGACUCUGCAAUCACAGAAAAUCCAAUCAUAGCUUCAACAUCCCUAUUCAAUGAACAGUGUUUAAAUAACCAUUACAGUGGAAAUAUUAGUUAUGCUUUUUCGUUUUUAGAGUAAAUCUCUAGGCAAAGCAGGGAAGACUUAAUUAUGGUCAUAGAACAGAAUGGGAAUGGUAAUCAACUUUGACAAGUACAGGCAACAAGUUGGCAACCAGAGGCGAGGAAAGGGAAUAGUGGUGUUAUUCUCCUAAACAAGGAAAUCUCUAGGUGAAAGAAUAAGGCAAAUUUAGGGGUUAAAUUUUUAAACUGAAGGAGUUAACCAACAGGAAACUUAAAAAUAGUGAUACAAUGGUAAGGAAGUGGGGGAGGAAAACCCAGGAGACAGCAGGAAGGCAGCAGAAAAUGUCCCACUUCAUCAAAGUUAAAAAAUAGUAAGAAAAGCAUAUUACUAGGAAAAAUGGAGUUAACCUUUAAACAGACAUGUAAAGUUUUUGCCUCUGGAAUGGGAAAGCAAAAGUUAAGAAGGGUAGGCGGGGGUUCACUGCUUUUCAUUAUAUGUCCUUUUGCACUGGUUGAUUUUUUUAUAAUCCUUUUUAUGCAUGUAUUAUCUUGAUUAAAAAUUAAAACCUAUUAAAAGUGAA